CGAAAUUGUAGAAAUCUAUUCAGACGUUUAUAUCUGCUCUUCAUCGUCAAGCCAUCUUUCCGUGAACAACAGCUGCCUUCAGAUACUCUGGUAAGCAAUUGAACACCUCCCCCACCAACCCCGCACCUCCAUCACCCCGCCUGUAUCGGACCUACUGCGCGCAAAGCGCGAACAGCAAUCUCAACCAAUUGCUGCCCGGUCCCGGACAUUGCAUCUGAGGCUUUUAGAAAAUUCCUUUCUUUUCCUGCAGCUUCGUCCAUAUUAGUUCUCCUACUUCACGAACCAUCACCUUGACUUCCCCUCUUCGUUGAGAACCUAUCGACUCCAAAGCUCGCUCACUUACGUUUCUGAUAUCAGACAAAAUGGUCAUCAAGGUCGGCAUCAACGGCUUCGGCCGCAUUGGCCGUAUCGUCUUCCGCAAUGCCGUUGAGCACCCGGAGGUUCAGAUCGUUGCUGUCAACGAUCCUUUCAUUGAGACCAAGUACGCUGAGUACAUGCUGAAGUAUGACUCGACCCACGGUCCCUUCAAGGGUACCGUCUCCGUCGAUGGCAACGACCUGAUCGUCAACGACAAGAGGGUCAAGUUCUACACUGAGCGGGAUCCCGCCGCCAUCCCCUGGAAGGACACCGGUGCCGAGUACAUCGUGGAGUCGACCGGUGUGUUCACCACUACUGAGAAGGCCAAGGCCCACCUGAAGGGCGGUGCCAAGCGUGUCAUCAUCUCUGCCCCCUCUGCCGAUGCCCCGAUGUACGUGAUGGGCGUCAACGAGAAGGCUUACGACGGCAGUGCCGAGGUCAUCUCCAACGCCUCGUGCACGACCAACUGCCUCGCUCCCCUUGCCAAGGUUGUUCAUGACAAGUUUGGCAUCAUCGAGGGUCUGAUGAGCACUAUCCACUCGUACACUGCUACUCAGAAGACCGUCGAUGGUCCCUCCGCAAAGGACUGGCGCGGCGGCCGUGGUGCUGCCCAGAACAUCAUCCCCAGCAGCACCGGCGCUGCCAAGGCCGUCGGCAAGGUUAUCCCAGAGCUUAACGGCAAGCUUACGGGCAUGUCUUUCCGCGUGCCCACCUCUAACGUCUCCGUCGUCGACUUGACCUGCCGUAUUCAGAAGGAGGCCACCUACGAGGAGAUCAAGGCCGCCAUCAAGGAGGCUGCUGAGGGUCCUCUCAAGGCAGGCAUUCUCGCCUACACCGAGGACGAGAUUGUCUCGAGCGACCUCAACGGCAACCCUGCCUCGUCUAUCUUCGAUGCUAAGGCCGGCAUCUCGCUGAACAAGAACUUCGUCAAGCUUGUCAGCUGGUACGACAACGAGUGGGGCUACAGCCGCCGCGUCCUCGACCUCCUGGCCUAUGUUGCCAAGGUUGAUGCCAGCAAAUAG